GCUCCGGAUUUGAUAGUCUAAAAGGCUAAUAACUUUAUGGAAUAAAACAAUGCAAGCAAAUCAAUACACACUGUAAUCAUAAGUCCACACCCACAGGUCAAUCAGAUUUAAGGUUGGAAAUCUUACUCUGACACUAGACAGCUGAAUCGACUGCAGUCUCCUGUCCUUGCAGACAUUAUCCUGUGAGAUAUAAGGGAACUUACUAAGCUAAUGAUCUUUGGUCUGUGAGAGCAGAUCUGUUAAUGGCUACGCAGACCAUAAACUUCAUCACCUGGAAUGUUAAUGAACUUAAAAAAGAGAUCAACAAUUUAAAGAACUACAAAAUGCUGAUGUUUUUUUCUUACAAGAGACACACAUUGGAGUAGGAGAUGAACACAUUAUAGAAUGUCUAAAAAAACGAGUGACUGACCAUGUAUGCAGUUGUUACUCUGCAGGACUCAGAUGAGGUGAUGGUGGCACCAUCACAUUGGUUGUGCUCAGACAAGAAACAAUGUUACUGGCCCCCAUUCAAAUCCACAGAUAAGUGCACAGAAGCUGUUCAGAACAGAAUGAAACCUGAAACAGGAGGGAAACCAUGGGAGAAAUUAAAUAUUAGCUUUCACAGAGAAUUUGUCACUUUCGAUAAGGCAAAAGAGGAGCAAAAAAUUAUUGAAGAACAGAAAGAACGGCGAUAUCUAUUAGCUACUGGAUUUUCUCCAAUAUUAAAAAGACAAAGAAUUGAAAGCACUCAAGCAAUGUCAAAACACCAACUUGCUCCUGCAUCACCUGCCAGAAUGUCAGCUGAUGACAAGGAUGAGCUCCUCCAAAUGCUGAGAGACAUCAAGAGCACAGUUCAGGAAAACUCUGCUAUGUUAAAGAAACUACUCAAAGACAAUACAGUUUCCGAGGUGCCCAGCAGUACUAGCGUUCCACCUAAAGAAGUUAAAACAAGCCUAAAUCUGCCUCUUAGAACCUUUGAAGAUAUGGAAAGAACUGAAAGGGAGCUCAACACCACAACAACACGUAAAACAUAUGUAAAAUAUUUGUCAGGACUUGGAGGUUUUGGAAACAGGGAUGUGAUUAAGAAUAUUAUGCAACAUGUCCUAAUAGAUGAUCUGGCUAAUGAAUUCAACUGGCAGGGAAGAGGAAAUAAGAAACCCUUCUCUCAGCUGACUUUAGCAGACGUGAUCAGAGAGGCUGCAUCCAAACGAAAUGUACCUAGGGUCGACUGUGAAACUGAAAUAAAAAAAUAUCUGAGUUACACAGCUGAUCGACUCAGUCGGAAGAGAGCAAGAGAACAAGCAGGUCCUGGGCUUGAGAUCCCAAAUGUGCUUCCCACGCUGGUGGACGACCAGCCAGACAUGGCUUGGGAUUUUUUUGAUGACAUUUGAUCAUGAAUCACAGGUCAUGCAGACACAAUUACACAUUUUAUUAAGUACUGUAUGUUAUUUUUAAUUAUUUUCUUACUAUUUUUUUUUCAUUAUUUCAAAUUGUGGUAAUAUCCUUUUCCUAAACCUUUAUUCUAACUGUAAAAAAUAAUCAAAUAUUGAAAAAUCUGUUUCACUGUGACAUUACUGCAUGGCUUGCCAUGUUUUUCAGCUGUGUGACAAUAAUGGCACUAGCGUUUUUGUUUGAGCCAAUAAACUUUACCUCCUCAAUAUUAAAACAAAAUCUUAAGUGUACAAAAUGUUGUAAAUAACUUUUUAGGCUAUAUCUGUCAUUGCCAGUGAUUCAUUAAAUUAAAUUCCUUUCUC